AGCGUACAGCCCUUACAGAACCACGGUCACUCCAGUAAACACAGGUCGACUCAUUUUUUAAGCUCAGUGGGAAACAUUAUCCUGAUUUAACCAUGGAAAACGACAGUGAAGAAGUUGCAAUGAAAGAAAGCAGAAGACGUGAACGUCAAGCAGGUCCAAGCAGAUAUGAUUCUGAAGCUUUGGAGAAUACAGAUGCUGGCAUUGGCUUAUGUGGUUGGCUGUUGGUCGGGCUUUCUAUUCUCCUCACUCUGGUCACGCUGCCUCUCUCCAUUUGGAUGUGCAUUAAGAUUGUGAAGGAGUAUGAGAGAGCCAUUAUCUUUCGCCUGGGUCGCAUUUUGCGAGGAGGAGCCAAAGGUCCAGGGCUGUUCUUCGUUGUGCCGUGCACUGACAGCUUUAUUAAUGUGGACAUGCGCACCAUUACCUUCGACAUCCCACCGCAAGAGGUUUUGACCAAAGACUCUGUGACAGUGAGUGUGGAUGGCGUGGUGUACUACCGGGUCCAGAAUGCUACCCUGGCUGUGGCUAACAUCACUAAUGCCGAUGCUGCUACCCGGCUGUUGGCCCAGACCACCCUGAGGAACGUCCUGGGUACCAAGAACUUGGCAGAGAUCCUGUCUGACCGUGAGGAAAUCGCACACAGUAUGCAGUCCACUCUCGAUGAUGCUACUGAUGACUGGGGGAUCAAGGUGGAGCGAGUGGAGAUCAAAGAUGUCAAGCUACCUCUUCAGCUGCAGAGAGCCAUGGCUGCUGAGGCAGAGGCCAGCCGUGAGGCCAGAGCCAAGGUGAUUGCUGCAGAAGGAGAGAUGAACGCCUCACGCGCACUGAAGGAGGCCUCUCUUGUGAUUGCAGAGUCCCCGUCAGCCCUGCAGCUGCGUUACCUUCAGACCCUCAACACCAUCGCUGCCGAGAAGAACUCCACCAUCAUCUUCCCGCUGCCGCUGGAGAUGAUGCAGGGGUUUAUUAAACACUGAGGGAAGUCUAGAACACAGCAAUCACAUUCACGCAAGAUAACAUUUACACAUGCACACAUAUUUAGAAUACUGCUUUAAAAACAAAAUGAUUUAGUUGCUACAUUAAAAUUUAAAAAUGUGUUUUACUUUCAGAUAAAAAGACAACUCAAAGAGAUAAGCUGAGCGUAAAAUGUGCAGUUUAGUACAUUGUCACAUGCCUUAGAUUGACCUGACUGAAUUUUUAGAUGUAAGAGUUGAACAAAAAUGGUCACUUUGCAGCAGAAGUGUUAAGUUUUAUUCUGGGUUUUUUUAAUUCUUUUCUAAACUGUCUGAAUAGAAAGGAUCCAAAACCAUCUGAUCAGUUUUACACUCAUUCAAAGCAAAGUGCCUGCUGUGUUAGAAGCCUUACACUGCACACACACACACACACACACACCCACACACACACAGACAAAAUUGCAUACAUUUUUCUCCUCAUGAUCGUUGUUGUCUCUUACUACAACUGCCAGUUCAUUAUCAUUAACUCAUGCUGUUUAAUGGUUUAAAGUAAUUGUAGGUAUCAGCUGGUAGAUUCUUACAGCUUUAUUCCCUCUGUAAAAAUACACUCUUCAAUGUGCCAUGACUGCUUUUUCUAAAUUUUAAUGUAGAACUCCUUGAAUGAAAUGACAUCACACACUUGAAGAACACGACAGGACUUACAGUAUCCUAUCUACUGUAUUUCAGCCAUUAUACUAACUUUUUUCACUCACUUUCAAAGCGAGCAAGUUGGUUUAAAGAUCAACUUUGCAUUUUCACAAUAUAAAGUGUUAAAAAUAUGGUGGAUAAACAGCACGAGAUAUGGAGAUUUUUUGUGGCAUGAUUUAAUCCUGAAAUGGAUCGUGUUUGGCUCACUUUGUCACAUUACUAACCAGCACGAGAGGUAGAUAUGAAAAGUGGCAUACAGAAACACACACUUUAGUCUCGAAUUACAAGCUAAAAAUCAACUUAAGCUUGACAGUCUGGCUGCUAGCCACGGCGUCACUUGUACAUGUUUACAGUAAGCUUUCUAUUCAUACUCUAUGCUAUAUUUGGAAGGGUGGAGAAAUUAAAAGGUUCACUACAGAUUAGACCACUCAAAUGUCAGUAUAAUCAGCUGCACAGGUGGUGCUCUGUGUUUUUUAGGUUUUUUUCACACCCAACCUAUUUAGAAUGAACUCAAGUCUCUUUUCCAAGUUAGUAAUGUUUGUUUUCACUGGUAUGGAUCAAUUAAACCAUAUUGAGAUUACCUGAAAAGGUGGGUCUUGAUCCCCAGUUUUCAGACUCUGGUACAGUUCAUUUGUAGUAAGAACAUAACAUCAUUUUGACUAGGGUUAGGUAUUGUUCGUUUUUUUUUUUGUUUUUUUUUUGAUACCGGUGCUAAAUUCAAUACCUUUUAUAUGGUGCUUGUGCCUUAACGGUGCCUGAACCAAUACUUUUAAAAGAAAGAAAGUGUGUUGAAAGUCAGCAGGAGAAUAAAAGGGUAUCGUGAAUGAUUUGCAGAAAUAUCUGUAAGAGGAACAUGGGUAACUGAAAGGAAUCAAUUGUAACUUCUCGCAAAAUUCAUAUUCUGGCGUUGCAUCAGAGACAAACAGUAACGUUAAUGUGUUAGUCGAUGUGAUUAGUUCCUGGUAGGAAAAUGCAAGCAGAGCAGAGAUAUUACUCCAAACAGCAAAACAAUUUAAAGACAGCUCAGCUGAAAUAAAGUGAAUGCACAUAAAUCACACAAAUUCCAUAACAUAUUUCUUGCCUUUCAUUGGGCUGGCGAGGUAUUGCAGAGUAUAUACAGAAAAUUGGACACUAAAUUUGAUACUUUUUAAUACCUUUUUCAAAACCAUCUUCAUACAUUUUUUGGACUACAUCCCAUGUACAAUCUCCAGCCCAAUACAUUAGAGACACAGUUUUGUAUUUUUGUGCUGAUUGUGGGAUAAAAAUGUGACAACAUUCAGUAGAAUUUCUUGUAGUAUGCAAAUUAAGCUUUCUUGAAGCAUUUUAAGAUUAGAAAAUGAGUGAAAAGACAUUGAUUUGAUACCAUAAGGUAGCUGACAAUUAAAGAUCCUAUUUUUUAAGAAAAUAAAUGGGUUUUUACAGCAGUAUUGCAAAUUCUCUAAUUUGGAUUUUGAUGCAUUGAUGCGUCCAUGAUCACUUUACUGUUGCAGCUGAGAAAAUAUAGCUCAUUAUAGUUGAGUUAUAUUCAUUUUAAUAAUCUGGUGGUGUUUUAAAAGAAAAUCACAUGUGAUUAAAAUGAAAUAGAAUUUAAAAGCAGCAAAACCAAUAACACCAUUUAGUGAAUAUAAUUUUUUUAAAAAGCAACAAAAUUUAAAACAUUCAAGUCUUGCAUUUAAGGCUUUUAAAUACUUUUUAAAAGCUUUCAAUUUGGCUAAAUCAAUUGAUCAGCUUUUGAUAUUUUUUAAGACCCCACACACACCAUUGGUUUAGUAGGUAUCAGAUGUGUUGGUACCAGUACAAUGUUGGUACUGAAUUUCAAUUCUCAGCCUUCAUUUUGACCUCACUGCAUGAAGCCAUGUGCUUUUGUGGAUUAAAGCAGCUAUUGUAGUUGAAGAGCAAAGACAGACCUAACAGAUCUGCGGAAACAAUGACAGUGGUUGAGCAGAUGUUCCAAUCAAUUAAACAGCAUUUUCCUGGGCACCAGUUUUGCUCUCUUUUCAGCUUUCCUAUCCAAAUAAAGACCAAAGCCCAAAUAAAAGCAUUUUCCUUUUAGCUUUUAAACAUCUAUGCAAACAAAAACUGAGGUAAUUAUCAGCAAUGCUACAGACUAGUUCAAAAUUCAUACCAGUGGAAACAAACUAUAGGUCUGAAAACACCUUAAAGAGUUGUUCCUAAUAAUUUGUCCACCCUGUCCGGCUCCACUGCUGAACAGCAGGGACUGUUGGAAUAAAAUAUAUUGCAAAUCUUUCAGCCGAAAGCCUUAACCUACUGCCAUAGAGUCAUUUUAAUGCUUAAUAUCACAUUUCUAUGCACUUUCAGAUGAAAAAGUCAGAGUAUUUUAUUCCUUUUUUAAAUCUGUUCUCUCUACAUGUGUGCUCUUUCUGGGUGUAAGCAAACAAACCAAAUAGUAAAUAUCUUUCUAUCUAUAGUAUCUUAUAUCUGAUAUAUUGUUGUAAUAGUUACCCUCCUUUAGACAUAUCAAGGACAGGAGUGUUAAUAAACAUUGGUAUAAUAUUCUCUGUGUGUCUCAGUAGUCUCAUCAGAUAUAUAUGAAUUACAUACAUACGUAGAUAAAUAUAGUCUAUGAGGUUUGAAUAGAUUUGCAGUAGCUACAUUUAUAUUUAUACUUUUCUGUUGUUACACAAUACAAAAUCUGUUACAUUGCUUAAUUUCUUCACUUCUUUGCUCUGUUAUGCCUACGUUCAGGAUACGCAUGCUAAGUCAAAAAGCUUAGUUUUGAAGCCUGUUACAGAAGGGAGAGACAUGGUCACAUAGGACCCCCCAAGUGUGGGGGGUUGUGCAGUUUCUCUGAAAUGUUCAUCUCGGUGGUGGCACUGUCAAGCAAUGUGCUCAAAGUGAAUCUUUUAAUUGUCUUGUAAUUUGGCUGUCGCAAGAAGAACAAAAAGAAUUCAAGUGUAUUGUUCUUUUGUAAAGCCUGUUAAAAUGUUAUAACUUUUGAAGUUUUGCUCUGAAUAUCUUGAAUUGGUUUAUUAUAACUUUUUGUACACUUUACUGCAGUUCCAUAUGGUUUUAUGUUGACAUUACUUGUAUACAAAGACCUCAAAUAAAGAUGAUCA